UCCUGGCUUUGUCUCUUCGUUCUCACUCACUCACUCACUCCAAAAAAACAUUUCAAUUUCCUUUUCCUUUCUCAAAAAAAUUACAGCAGAAUCAAUUUUGCAUGUAGUAGAGGUACAACUCGCUGUACAAACUCUACCUGACUCGUCCGGGUCAAACCAAACAACACUAAAACAUGGCUAAUAAUAAUCAAACCGAACCAGUAGCCGAUGAUUUCCUGCAAGAAAUUCUCGGCCUCCCUAAUUUUGUUUCCGCUGAAGGCUUGGUCGGAGCCGACGCAGCCGGAUUAUCCGCUGCUCAAGCUCCGAUGAUGUUACAGCUUUGCUCCGGUGACGGCUCAAGCCACAUGCAUAGUGGUGGUCUUGGCGGUGGAGGAGGGACCGGGUUUCACGGGUUUCCAUUAGGGCUGAGCUUGGAACAGGGUAAAGGAGGAGGGUUCUUGAAGGCUGAGGAAGCUUCUGGAAGUGGGAAGAGGUUUCGGGACGACGUGUUGGUUGAUUCCACCACCAUAGCCAGACCUAAUAAUCCUAAUAUUAAAAAUGUUUUCCAUGGUCAACCAAUGACCUCAUCAGUAGCUGCAACCCCACAUCCACCAAUAAUGCGUCCCAGGGUGCGGGCUAGACGAGGACAGGCCACUGAUCCACACAGCAUUGCUGAGCGGUUGCGCCGAGAAAGAAUAGCAGAAAGAAUCAGGGCAUUGCAGGAUCUGGUUCCUAGUGUCAACAAGACAGAUAGAGCUGCCAUGCUUGAUGAAAUUGUAGACUAUGUGAAGUUUCUACGGCUCCAAGUGAAGGUUUUAAGCAUGAGCAGACUCGGAGGAGCUGGUGCGGUCGCACCACUUGUAACGGACAUUCCGCUAUCAUCAGUCGAGGAUGAAACUGGGGAAGGUGGGAGAAACCAGCCAGCGUGGGAGAAAUGGUCAAAUGAUGGCACAGAGCGACAGGUAGCGAAACUGAUGGAAGAAAACGUGGGUGCAGCAAUGCAGUUUCUUCAAUCAAAGGCUCUUUGUAUAAUGCCCAUCUCACUCGCCACAGCUAUUUACCAUACACAAGCACCGGAUAGCAUUAAACCAGAAACAAAUCCCCCAUCAUAAACUGUACAACGGGUAAGCAUGUCUCAAUCGCCACCACCAAAUGCUUAGGGUCCCACAAUUAUAAGUUGCCUGAUUUUGAAAUUGCAAUCGGAGUCAGAUGCCAUAGUUGUUGCUUUUUUGCAUUUCUUUUUCCGGCAGGCCCUUGGUGUCCUACCAAGUUCUAAGUGACGGAAACGAAUUGUCAAAGCUUUGUGGAAAUGCUCCUUAAAAAAAAAAUAGUUUUUGGCACAAGUGGUGGAAGCACUUUUGUAGUGGGGGCUGUAAUUUUGUUGGUAGUGGUUGUGGGACCUUGUAAAAGAGACAGACGGAGGGUAUAUAUGUAUUUUAGUAAUAUGUUAUUGUAAUUGUUCGUUUUGGUAAUGAAAUGGAAUGGCAUAGUUAGAUUAGAAUGGCUAAA